AUGUCUGGCCCCUCCGAUAAUGUAUCUGGGCCUCAACUGCAUCCCGCCCGGUCGUUCACCAGGAUGGAGAGCUCAGACGUUAGCCCCCUGGUCUCUGGUGAAUACACAGCAAAUGAGCCGGAAAACGAGACGACAACCAAGACAGCAACCGAGCCAGCAAAUCCUACCACGCAGCCCUCGACGCCUUCCGAGGAGAAGAAGCAGGGAAAUGACACCGAUGUAUUCGAAAGGCGAAGGUCUGCAGCUUCCGGUAGCACCGGCGAAGGACAGGCAGAUGAGGGCUUCGUAUUAUCACGAAGCGUGCAAGAUCCCUCCGAGGAGCUCCCUAUCGAGCUGGUGAGCUUGACAGAUCGGUUCGUCAACUCCUUGAGUGCCAAGGUUCAUAACUCACCUCCUACGAUUGAUAAAAUUUCCUCCCUCUUCCAAGUCUUCUACGACCGCGCCGAAUCUCAUAUUGCCACCCAUAUAUCCGCACUUGCAUCUCGUAUCAACCGUGAAGCAACGCCCCAGGCGCCUCCGAGGGUGAGGGGAAGUGGUCUAUCAAGACUGACGAGCAAGCGCUCUCAGGAUGAUGUCCGGCCGAGUGGGUUUGGUCGACAGAUGCUGACCCCGGAGGAGGUAGAGGAGAGACGCAAGGCUCGCAAGGCUCUUGAAUAUAAGCGAGCGGCAAUGGAAGAAGCUGCAGAGCGGAGAGUUUGUGAGCAGGUUUAUGACAAAAUCUGGAGACACAAAAGUACAUUGGAUGAAGUUCGAGACGAAAAGCUGCGUUCCAAAACCGCAGCUUUGCUACUUGUGGGAAUCGAUCUGAAAGACCUGGGCAUUGACUUGGAUAUAUCAAGAAUCUCCGAGGAGAAGCAACAGGAGGCCAACAAUUGCCUUGCUCAGGCACGGGAGUAUCUGGAAAAGAUGAACGACCAGAAAUACCCUCUCGGCAAGCUUCAACAGUUAGCAGCUGCUCACAAAGCUAUUGUUGAUGCUCUUACCAAACUGCUCCCUUCUUCAUCUUCCGCGGACGAGAUUUUACCCACCUUGAUUUAUUCUCUUGUUACUUGCCCUCCCGAGGGUAUCAACAUCGUCAGCAACCUUACUUUCAUCCAACGGUUCAGAUCAUCGAACAAAAUCGACGGCGAGACAGCCUAUUGUUUGACUAAUCUUGAGGCUGCUAUCAGCUUUUUGGAGAAUGUUGAGCUAUCCAGCUUACGAGCAGAUGAGCUUCAAGAAGGCCCUAUCAAAACCCCAAGUGAGGCUGCUACGCCGUCUUCCGAGCGAGUCGACCCUUUCCGACCAACCAAAGAUACCACGACUGCAGCAGUUACGACUGUGUCUGCAGAACCUGAAAUCUCACAGCCCGAGGUCAAGGAACCAGCUGCUUCCACAUUACCUCGUCCUCGUCCCUCCCCAGCACCGCAACAAAGACGCUUGAGUAACCUAUUCCAACCCCCGGCAAAGGUCUUCGAAGCUGCCAAUGAUGCAGUCCGCAGUACUGCGGAUCAAAGCUUGAAGAAUAUCGGCGCGUCGCUUGAUAACAGUUUUAACUUCCUAUUUGGUCGCCUCAAGGAACUGCAGACCACACAAGGGCCUAACGCACAAGGAGAUGGAACCUUGUUACCCAAGACGUUGGCUGAGGCUCGCCGUCUAGUAUCAAACCCGCCAGCCAACAACCAGAAUCUCACCCCAGAAGAAAUGGCCUCCAUAAAUGCGAUCUCUGCUGAGGAGGCUGCACAAGGCCGCAGCAGCUCCAGAUCUACCCUCGUGAGUGGAGGCCCAACACCUCGUGACCGAAGCACCGACAGUGCGAGGACACAGGGCAGCAGCAAAAUGUCAGUCGCUACUUCACUACGGGACGAACUUGCCCAAUCGCCGGCUUCAGUCACAACUCCCAACCCGCUAGAGUCUAUGCGUAGCUUCGGAAACACGCUCAACCCUCUCAACCACAUCCCUGGCAUGAUCAAGAAUUUUGGCCGCAAUACACCAGAAAUUCCAAACGCCAGAUCGGUGUCUCCUGCAGCAAUGGACCGCCUCAAGACAUCGCCUCCUUCAGCUGGUGAAGUUGGUGGAGCGGGAAGUCGCUCUCCUGGUUCUUCGAAGAUCGGACCUCCAAUUCAACGGUUCCUGGAAACGAAGGAUGCAACUGAUCUCCGCGUUGGAGAUAUAGCUAUUUUACUACAAGAUUAUAAACGGCUUGCAGCUGCGCUCUACCAGUCUGGUCCAGGGCCUCGUUGA